CGCGCCGUGGCUGUGGCGGCGGCGGCGGCUGUGGUAGUGGCUGCGGCGGGGGCGCCCGGGCGGCAGUGGCAGCAACAGCAGAAGCAGCCCGGACGAGGGUGAGACGGCCGUGGUGGCGGCAGCUCGGAAGUCGGGCGAGACUUCGCGCUUCCCGCCUGUCGCUGGCGCUGAGGCUUCUGCUUUUCCUACCGGGCUCCUCGCCCCCGGCCCUAGUUGGGCAGGGCAGAGCGCCCCCGGGGAGGGGCGGAGCUGUAGAUAUGGCGUAAGAUAUUCAAGAUUGGACUGCUGGUGACCUGAUAUUUCUGAUAGCCUUAAGCUGACUUAUAGCCAUAGAGAAAUCUCUCCAUUUUUGUUUUCUGCUUUACAUCUUUUGUGGCACCUAAGUUCACCUUGCAACCAUGUAUGGAAGUGCUCGCUCAGUUGGGAAGGUGGAACCAAGCAACCAGAGUCCUGGGCGUUCACCUAGGCUUCCCCGUUCCCCUCGCUUAGGUCAUCGUCGAACCAAUAGUACAGGAGGGAGUUCUGGAAGCAGUGUUGGAGGUGGCAGUGGGAAAACCCUUUCAAUGGAGAAUAUACAAUCCUUAAAUGCUGCCUAUGCUACAUCUGGCCCUAUGUACUUAAGUGACCAUGAAAAUGUGGGUUCAGAAACACCAAAAAGCACCAUGACACUUGGCCGUUCUGGGGGACGUCUGCCUUAUGGUGUUAGGAUGACUGCUAUGGGCAGUAGUCCCAACAUAGCCAGCAGUGGGGUUGCUAGUGACACCAUAGCAUUUGGAGAGCAUCACCUCCCUCCUGUGAGUAUGGCGUCCACUGUACCUCACUCUCUUCGUCAGGCAAGAGAUAACACAAUCAUGGAUCUGCAGACACAGCUAAAGGAAGUGUUAAGGGAAAAUGAUCUCUUGCGGAAGGAUGUGGAAGUAAAGGAGAGCAAAUUGAGUUCUUCAAUGAAUAGCAUCAAGACCUUCUGGAGCCCAGAGUUGAAGAAAGAGCGAGCCCUUCGAAAAGAUGAAGCUUCCAAAAUCACCAUUUGGAAGGAACAGUAUAGAGUUGUGCAGGAGGAAAACCAGCACAUGCAGAUGACAAUCCAGGCUCUCCAGGAUGAAUUGCGGAUCCAGAGGGACCUGAAUCAGUUGUUUCAGCAAGACAGUAGCAGUAGGACAGGCGAACCUUGUGUGGCAGAGCUGACAGAGGAGAACUUCCAGAGGCUGCAUGCUGAACAUGAGCGGCAGGCCAAAGAGCUGUUCCUUCUACGAAAGACCCUGGAGGAAAUGGAGCUGCGUAUUGAGACACAGAAGCAAACACUGAAUGCUCGGGAUGAGUCCAUUAAGAAGCUUCUGGAGAUGUUACAGAGCAAAGGUCUUUCUGCCAAGGCUACUGAGGAAGACCAUGAGAGAACAAGACGGCUGGCAGAGGCAGAGAUGCACGUCCACCACCUAGAAAGCCUUUUGGAGCAGAAGGAAAAAGAGAACAGUAUGCUGAGAGAGGAGAUGCACCGGAGGUUUGAAAAUGCUCCCGAUUCUGCCAAGACCAAGGCUCUGCAAACUGUUAUUGAGAUGAAGGAUUCAAAAAUUUCCUCUAUGGAGCGUGGGCUCCGGGACCUGGAAGAGGAAAUUCAGAUGCUGAAAUCAAAUGGGGCUUUGAGUACUGAAGAACGGGAGGAAGAAAUGAAGCAAAUGGAAGUGUAUCGCAGCCAUUCUAAAUUUAUGAAAAACAAGGUAGAGCAACUGAAGGAGGAACUAAAUUCGAAAGAGGCUCAAGGGGAGGAGCUGAAAAAGAGAGCAGCUGGUCUUCAGGCUGAGAUUGGUCAGGUGAAACAGGAGCUGUCCAGAAAAGACACAGAACUACUAGCCCUACAGACAAAGCUAGAAACGCUCACAAACCAGUUCUCAGACAGUAAACAACACAUUGAGGUGCUGAAGGAGUCCUUGACUGCUAAGGAACAAAGAGCCGCCAUCUUGCAGACUGAGGUGGAUGCUCUCCGGUUGCGUUUGGAAGAAAAGGAAACCAUGCUGAAUAAGAAGACAAAGCAAAUUCAGGAUAUGGCUGAGGAAAAAGGGACACAAGCUGGAGAGAUACAUGACCUCAAGGACAUGCUGGAUGUGAAGGAACGGAAGGUUAAUGUUCUUCAGAAGAAGAUUGAAAAUCUUCAAGAGCAACUUAGAGAUAAGGAAAAGCAGAUGAGCAGCUUGAAAGAACGAGUCAAAUCCUUGCAGGCUGACACCACCAACACUGACACUGCCCUUACGACUUUGGAGGAGGCCCUUGCAGAGAAAGAGCGGACAAUUGAACGCUUAAAGGAACAGCGGGAUAGAGAUGAGCGAGAGAAGCAAGAGGAAAUUGAUAACUACAAAAAAGAUCUUAAAGACUUGAAAGAAAAAGUUAGCCUAUUGCAAGGAGACCUUUCAGAGAAAGAGGCUUCACUCUUGGAUCUGAAAGAGCAUGCUUCUUCCCUGGCUUCUUCAGGACUGAAGAAGGACUCAAGGCUCAAGACACUGGAGAUUGCUCUGGAGCAGAAGAAGGAGGAAUGUCUGAAAAUGGAAUCGCAGUUGAAAAAGGCACAUGAAGCAACAUUGGAAGCUAGAGCCAGUCCAGAGAUGAAUGACCGAAUACAGCAGUUAGAAAGGGAGAUUGCCAGGUACAAAGAUGAAUCUAGCAAGGCCCAGGCAGAAGUGGACCGCCUUUUGGAAAUCUUGAAGGAGGUGGAAAAUGAGAAGAAUGAUAAAGAUAAGAAGAUAGCUGAAUUGGAAAGAAAGCCAGUCUCCCGCAAAUUGUAUCCUCCACGCCAGGUUUCUGUCCCUGCACCGUCAGGGGGGUUUGUUUGGGACUUCCUGGGAAAUCUCACCUCAAGGCAAGUGAAAGACCAGAAUAAGAAGGUAGCAAAUCUGAAGCACAAGGAACAGGUGGAGAAAAAGAAGAGCGCACAGAUGCUAGAGGAGGCCCGGCGGAGAGAGGACAAUCUCAACGAUAGCUCCCAGCAGCUACAGGACAGUCUCCGUAAGAAGGAUGACAGGAUUGAAGAACUGGAAGAAGCACUGAGAGAAAGUGUACAGAUAACUGCAGAGCGGGAAAUGGUGCUGGCACAAGAGGAAUCAGCCAGGACCAAUGCUGAGAAACAGGUGGAGGAGCUGUUGAUGGCCAUGGAGAAAGUAAAGCAGGAACUAGAGUCCAUGAAAGCAAAGCUGUCUUCCACUCAGCAGUCUCUGGCAGAAAAGGAAACUCAUUUGACCAAUCUUCGGGCAGAGAGAAGGAAACACUUAGAGGAAGUUCUGGAGAUGAAGCAAGAAGCUCUUCUGGCUGCCAUUAGUGAAAAAGAUGCCAAUAUAGCUCUUUUAGAACUUUCAUCCUCUAAGAAAAAGACCCAAGAGGAAGUGGCUGCGCUUAAACGUGAGAAGGAUCGCCUGGUACAGCAGCUCAAACAGCAGACACAAAAUCGAAUGAAGCUAAUGGCUGACAACUACGAGGACGACCACUUCAAGUCCUCCCAUUCCAGUCAAACGAAUCAUAAACCCUCCCCAGACCAGAUUAUUCAGCCCCUCUUAGAACUUGACCAAAAUAGAAGCAAGUUAAAGUUGUAUAUUGGACACCUGACAGCCCUCUGCCAUGACCGAGACCCCCUAAUCCUUCGUGGACUCACUCCACCAGCUUCCUAUAACUUAGACGAUGACCAGGCAGCUUGGGAGAAUGAGCUGCAGAAGAUGACCCAGGAACAGCUUCAGGAUGAGUUGGAAAAAGGUGAACGGGACAAUGCAGAACUGCAGGAGUUUGCCAAUGCCAUUCUUCAGCAGAUAGCAGACCACUGCCCUGACAUCCUGGAGCAAGUGGUCAAUGCACUGGAAGAGUCAUCCUGACCCUGCUUCAUCGGGAGUGACCAGCCCAGCAGCCCCAGAGAGGAGCCAAGAAAGGAAAACCAUGAGGAACAGGCAUCCAGAAACUUCUUAGCACCAAACACUACAAACCACAUGAUGUCUUGCUCACUUGAAGAAGUGCGAUUCCAGCCUGUUCGUACGUCUGUCAUCUUGCUCUGCCUUUCUGCUUUGAAUGUUGUGUCUACACUAAUGUCCUUGACGUCCAAGGUGGUAAAUGACCACAUCUCUAUGAAGAACUACCUUCCAGUCAUCAGCCCUGGGGAGCUAGGGAAGCUGGUGGCUCUGCUCUUAAAGGUCCAUGAAGUAGAGUCCACUCACCUUCCUCUGAUGUGAGAAACAAAUCUGGAAUCUUCUCAGAGUUCAACAUGCUGAGAAAAUACUCACAGUGGACCAGAGAGUUGAGUGUUCUAAUAUCACAAUGGGUGCUUUCUUCUAAAAGGAUAAAAAAAAUAAUCUCAAAAAGAGAAGGGGGAAGGAGGUCAGAGACAGUGAAAACCCAACUUUUCUCUUUUUCUUUACUGUCCUGUGUUUUCUCCUCCUGUGUAGUGUUUUACAUGGAGGGUGCAGACAGGCCUCAUGCAGGCUUAGGAGGCAUUCAACCCCAAGUUUUAAAUCUUCACCCCCCUGUUCUGUCUGUCUCACCCUUCUUUGCUGUUCCUCAGUUCACAGGAAGAGGAUGUGAACAGUUCUUCCCUCCUCUCCCUUGCUUUAAGACCUUUCUUCUUAUCUUACUUCAUUGUUACGUCAAAUACCUCUAAUGGAAAGAGAAGAGGGGUGUGACACAUGGGCCCUGUUGUCACCACCUGCAGCCUUGUUCCUCUAGAAAGUGAUGCUCUUGGGUUAGUCAGGCUGGUUUCUCCCAAAUAUCUCCCAGGAUGCUUAGGCUGGUUUCUCCCAAAUAUCUCCCAGGAUGCUUUCUGCCUCCACACUCAUGUCCCGAGCUCCUGCUCUGCUGAAGUGUAUGAUCCAUGCCCUGCCCUUUUCACUUUUAUUCUUGAUCUGCCCGCUCAGAUCCAUAGCCCCAAGCAGUACAUGGGACUUUCUUUUGACACAAGUGAGUUUGUCUUAUCCCACACACACUCCCUCCUCAAUUCUUCCAGAGAAUAUUUAUGAAAUGCCAACUGUGUGCAUGUCAACAUGUUAGACACUCAUCCUUGAAAAAGUCUUUUCAGUGAGGGAGAGGUACGGUGGAUUCUUUGAGACAUCUGAUUGAAUCAGAGCAGUAAAAAGCAUACCUUUCUCCUCCUCCAUCUUUUUUUUUUUUUUUUUUUUUUCCUUGCUGUGCUGGGGAUUGAACUCAGGGCCUCAAACAUGCUAGGCAAGUACUUUACCACUGAGCUAUAUCCCCAACCCACUCCCCAUCUUAGUAGAAGGUAUCUUCUAGAAAAGUCUUUCACAAAUCAGUAUUUCUCACUAUCAUGGAAUUGGUCAUUUGGGGUGACUAUCCCUUAUUUGCCUGCAGGAUCCCAUUUGAUGGUUCACAAUUUUGGUGAAGAGUAGUCUGCUUAGAAGGCUGUGAAUAUCCACUUGUGAAUAGUGAUUUUCUUAACACACUGUAUUCACCUCAUACAACUCAACUCCACGAUGAAAUCAGAAAGUCAACUCCACAGUAACAAAUCCAGUUGAAGAAUUGGCAUUUCAGAGGACCUUUUGCCCAAGCUUAGACAAUGGCAGUUGUUAAAAAAAAAAAAAAAAAAAUCAGGCCCUGAGAAUUAGAGGAUUUAACCCAAAUCUGGCCCUUUGACCACCUCUACCACCAGGAACUCC